AUUCUUCAAAGGGACACCCGGGUGGGUCAGCUUCAGGCUUCCGUGAGGGAUGCCUAGGCUCCCUAGUGUCUUACAAGCCGCUAGCUUGCAGCCCAGGCGGCAAAGCGUAUUUUGUAGCCCACAGAGCCGCCCAGGGCAAGGCCACCUCGCCGUUUUACUCAGAAGUACCCUCGGACUCGAACGGUGCAGCAACGCCCAGUCCCGCAGCUCUCUGGUCGCGGCACGAGGUCCUGCUCUCAAGAGACAUCCAAACCUGUACGCCGCCGCCGCGUCGAUAAACCAACGCAAUCCCGGAUGACGAAGACUCAAUUCUUGACGCCAGCGCGCCGCGGCGGACAGCGGGCUUAGCACCCGUUAAUACCCGCACUGCGGCGGAACGCGGGGCCCGUUAGCACCCGCGGCGCGCAGCCGGGACCAUUAUCUGCCGCAGGGGGCAAAAGGGGCCGCGGCGCGCCGCGAAACUUUUUGCCCCCUGCGGAAUUUAAAGUGGACAGGACCCGGUCUUGUGGAUGCAGCAUUAUGAGAUCCGACGGGACACACAUUUGCUCAAAUCAUUCCGACAAAACAUGCAGUAGGUCACACUCCCGCACGCAGGCACCAUGCGCGCCGCCCCACCUACAAUAGAGGAGCUCGAGCGCCUCGACGCCCAGACCAAAACAGCUCUAGAUUCGAUCCUCACGGGAACGACGCAGAGCCGCACAUCCUUAGAACGGGAGUUCCCCGCGCUCUCCAAAGCCGCAGCACCGUUCAAGACCUUCGACGAGCCCGACCAUGAAGCAGGGGAGAAGCUGAGCUUCCUCGAGGCCGAGAAGGCGAUCGCGCGGGAUAAAGCUGAAAUGGACGCGACCGCCGAGCGCAUAUACAGGGAGGCCAUGCGCGAAGACGAGGAACGGACGGAGCACCUCAAGACGGGCACGUCGGGCGGGCGAUUGUCCCUGUACGAGGCGGACCCGCCUCCGAUGCAAUGCGACAAUUUUGUGGAGGAAGAAAGCGAUGUGGAGGAGACCAUCGACGGGCAGCUGCCGGCGCCGCCUCCAUCAACUGUGGUGGAGGCGAAGCCUGCGGUGCGGCGCGGCUUCCUGAACCGGACGCCGGAACCGCCCGCGCCGCCGCCGCCACCGCCUAAACCAGUCGGCGAGACGACGCCCGUCGAGGCCUUCGCGCUCGAGGAGGGCUUCGACUACGACAACUGCCCGCUCAGCGCGCCGCCGCCGUCGAUGGCGGAGUCGGUGUUGGCCUGGGAGCGGGACCAGUUCGGCCCCGGGGGCAAGCCGCCCGUGGACGCGGCGUCCUCCGACGAGGAACCGGAGGUCGUCGUCGAGGAGGACCUGGUCGACGAGGGCGCCGAGUAAAUUUUUGAUGAGAGUA